GUUGAUUCUUUUUGUUUGUUUCAUCAUUUUUUUGCCAAAAACAAUUUUAAAAAGUCAUUUUCUUCGAUCGAAACACCAAGGAUUGUUUUAAACAAAAUAAAAAAAAAUUGGUUUUUUUUACGAUAAAAAAUUUGUUUGAUAAGAAGUUAAGCUCCCCUCUCACACACAUCGUUUUUACGAAAUAUCAAAGAAUUUAUGAUAGUUGAAUAUUUACACAAGUGCAAGUUUCAAUUGAAAUCAAUUAUUUUAAAAAAUGUGUGUAUGAUGUGGAGUUUCUUUUAAGAGAGCGAAUAGUAUUACGACUAUUUGAGAGUCUAGUGUUAUUUAAAUUCUCAGUGCGGGAUUUUCUUCGUUAUAGCUUUGAAUGGAACAAUAAUUGAGUGUUUUAUCAUAAGUCUGAUCUCUUUCAACCAAAAUAAUCAACAAAACAAACAAAAUAUGGCCAAACACGAUGAAUAUUGUUGGAAAUGCAAAAAACGCGAAACAACAAUCAAAUGCAAAAGUUGUACGCGAUCAUUUCACUUUGUAUGUACGGGAGCAUCAAAAUUGUGCGAACCCAAAACUUGGAGUUGCGAUAUUUGCAACACGAUUGAAUCGUCGACUAACACACCUGAAGAGUUGGAACGGAUCCCAGUGAUCAUUCAUCGUCUAUUGAAUUCAAAAUUUGAGCAAAAUUUUCUCGGCAAAAAAGUAAAGGCAUCGAAAUCGACAAAAUCGUCAGGAGACGAAAGUUCCCACGAAACGAAUUCCAAGACAGAUAUUUUAAAUUCAAUCGUCAUGGAUAUAAAGAGAAAAGCAAAUACGUACGCAAAUUUCGAACAGCUUCUUGCUGACGUUGAACAAAUCGUGCAUAAGUGUGAGACAUCAGACAAUCGCAAAUCAAAGUAUGCAAAGGAACUGCUGGAAAAUUUUAAUGGUGAACUCGAUAGCGUAAAAAUCUGCAUUCAAUGCCAUAUCAAUGCAAACAACAGAGAGACGCGAUCUAAAUGGUUCACAAUGGCGUGCGAUAAGCCGCAUUUGAUCGUUUGGGCCCAGAAGCCAAACGAACGAUAUCUGCCCGGCAAGGUUAUGUGCGUUAAUAGACACGAAUUGAAUGUCCGUUUCUUUGGUGGUUCACAAUUGCAUCGUCCAAAUGCGGACAUUCCAUUCAAUAAAUGCUAUUUAUACACAAAAGAAAAUCCAUUCAGUGCGAAAAACGAUAAUCAAAACGCCAAAUCAAAAUACGCAAAAGCAUUGAAUGAAGCCGAAAAAUACAUCAGAGAAUUGAAAGACAAAUUUGGUGCGUUUAAUUUCGAAGAAGUUAAAACCCAAUUCAAUCCGGAGUUGCACGAUCAAUACGUGCAAAACAUGAUUAAGAAUAACGAGACAGGAUCUCCAAGUCGAAUCUCCAAUCGAUUAGGAUCUCCUAUCGAUGAACAUUUGGAGGAAAUCGAUGAAACCAUUUUCGACGAUUUUAGUGAAGAUUCCACCGAAGAAACUAUGCAAACUAGUUCGGAUGAGCAAUAUGAUGAAAAUCCGCCCGAUCAAAUCCAAUUGGAGCCGGUCGACUUCAAAAUCGAAGACUGCAUUGAAGGGUACGGUGGACCAUCGGCCAAACGCAUCCGAUUAGACAAUAACCUUUCUGAAUCAAAUGUGACAAACAAUAAUUUGCAAGAAACCGAAUCAUCAUCGAGUGAAAAUAACGGUGGACCAUCUUACUUGCAGUCGUUGCAACAUGUUUCCGAAGGAUUCAUGAAAUUGGAGCAAAGUUUGAAAGAAGCCAACGAAAAAAUCCAAUCAAUGGAAAAGGAGCACCAAGAGAUAUUGACGGAAUUGAAAGCAGUGAAUAAAAGAGGUCAAUUGAAAUUGGUCGAAGAUUAUGAACAGAAAAUCAGGGAACUCAAUGAACAAAUCGAUAUGAGAACAAAUGAAUUGGCAGAGAAAGAUCAAGAAUACAAGAAUGCUAUUGAAGAGGCCAAGAAAAAUAAGUAUUGUUUAGAAUGCGACAAACCGGAAUUACUUACGGACAUUUAUCUUUGUACCAUCAAUUGCGUUAAAAAGUUUGGGGAAGCCGCAGAGCGCGAGAAGUCAAAUGGGGAAUGCAAUAAUUAAAUUAAGAUUUGAAAUACAACCAAUAGUUAGUGUAAUCACUAAACUCCGUACAAAAAAAAUAUCAGUCCAAUGACUGGGUCCUCUCAGGAUUUGCAUUACGGUACAAAGUUCUACAUAGUUAUAAGUUGUAGACGUUGAAGUGACAUCGAUUUAGAAAAAAAUUCUUAUGCUAAUGUUAGAGAUAGGUUACGCAUGAAAAGAUACCUUUGAUUAUUAUUCAUCCGCCCAAUUCGAAUUUGAAACCUCAUAUCAUCAGUUACUAAGAAUUUUAUACCUUUUUUACCAUUAGAUGCCAUACAUUAUAAGUUCUUAAAGUACUCAAUUGUUGUUGAUUAUGUACGAUUAUCAUUUUAAAUAAGUAAAAACCAAGAUGUAUUACGGGUGAAAAAAUGGCACCGACUAGUUCUUCGUCCUAUCCUCCGUGCUUUCACGAACCCGAUCUUAAUUCGAUCACUCAUCAAAACUAUGUUUUACCAGCUUUCAAAUAUAAAGUCACCAAAUGGUAUUAAAUUGUAAAAAAAGCUCGCUGUGUAAGAGUAUCACAGUUUAUGAGCUUAUCUUUUUCUAUUUUUAUUCAAUAAUAAAAUAUUG